AUGACUGCGGAUGAUGAUAUCAUUGGACAUACUGAUAUCUUGUCGUCGCCCUUGAAGAAAGGUCGAGGUCAAGCCAACGUUCACUAUGGAAGAACACCAGUCACAAUAGGUGUUGUGUCUCGGAAAAGGAGGCAAUCCCCCCGCAAGGAUGUGAUUGAGAAGGUCAAAGUCCCCGUAACGACUCCUCAAGAGGAACCUAAGAGGGGAUACAAAGGUAAAAGACGUGGUAGGAAACCUAAGUCUAACCAUGAAGAGUCCUCGAAAGACUUAAAUCAAGAAACAAACCAGACUACACCAGAUAAAAAAAUUAAAGUGGAGUUCGAUUUAAAGAUAAGCGCUGAUAAUAUAUUGCCUACUCGAACUAGAAGACAUACGAGAGUACUUCCUAAAGAUCUUAGUGAAGAUGAAGAUGAAGAUGAAGAUGUUAAACCUCCUGUGAAAAAGAAAAGAGGAAGACCUAAAAAAAUUGUCACGCAUGUGAAGGAAGAGGAACAUUCGAGAUUAGAAAUAAGCCCCCCCGUGGUAACAAGAAAAAGGAAGAGUCGUAAACGUAGUAUCAGUCCCGAUGAUCAGGGAUCAUCAACUGAGACUGAUAUUAUGGUACCUGAUACGCCUACAAAGGAAGCGACAUCUAUAUUGAUGGAACAAUCGUUUACGUCACCAUUGAAAAAAGUCAUAUUAUCCAAUUUAAAAGAAUAUAAACAAAAUGUUUCCUUUAAGAAUUUGAAAUUGAGUAAAAAUUUUGUACCGACUCGUCUUCCUAAUACAUACACUCCACAACAUGUGAAACAGUUACAAAACGAGAGCGUAGUAAGUAAUUUCUUGGAUACAUUUGAAGGUUAUUUCGAUCAGAGGAAGUCAUUAAAGAGAUCGAAGAAUACUAUGUCUAUGGCUCCUACAGUUACUAGAGAAGAGUUUGCAACAAUUACCAACCUAUUUAACAAAAAAUUCCAACGUUCUUCAAAGGAUAAAUUAGAGGCUUUGCAAAAGCAAUUAUAUCCACAAUAUUGGUUUGAAUUGUCUCGUGGGUUUACUCUACUGUUCUACGGGGUUGGGUCCAAACGUGCAUUUAUGGAAGAUUUAGCCAUCAACUAUGUCUCUAUUAAAUGUAAACAGUAUGAAAUAUAUGAUAAUAAACGACUAAACAAAAAUUACAAGAAUAAUGAUGACACAGGUGUUCCUUGCGUUACAAUUAAUGGUUAUAACCCAACUUGUAACUACAGAGAUAUUCUUAAGGAUAUUACAGAUAUAAUUUUCCCAGAGGAAAAAGUCAAAGUUGACUCUAAAUACUGGGGGAAUCACAGUAUGUUAUACAUUCAAAAGAUGGCAGAAUAUUAUAGAACACAACCAAAUCAUGUAAAGAUAAUACUAGUAAUCCAUAAUUUAGAUGGGCCUAGUUUGAAGAAAAAUAUUUUCCAACGAAUCCUUGGUCAAUUAGCCACCAUCAAACAAAUUGCUAUCAUUGCAUCUGUUGAUCAUAUAUAUGCACCUUUGUUGUGGGAUGCCACAAAAUCUCAAAAUUAUAACUUCAUAUUCCACAAUGUGACGAAUUAUGAGGCUAGUGAUGUCGAAUCAUCAUUCCAAGACGUUAUGAAGCUUGGUAAAGAAGAAUCUACAACGGGUGCCGAGGGUGCCAAGUUUGUUUUGGAAUCCCUAACAGUUAAUGCGAAGAAACUGUACAAAUUGUUAUUAGAGACACAAAUGGCAAAUAUGGAAAUUGAAAUGAAUGGGAAAGUAGCACCAAUAAGACGUGGUAUAAUUACAACAGGUGUUGAUUUCAAAAAAUUCCACGAUAUGUGUGCAUCAGAAUUCAUCGUUUCCAAUGAGGUAUCAUUAAGAACUAUCCUGAAGGAAUUCAUCGACCAUAAGAUGGCAUUUAUCAAGAAGAGGAACAACAAGGGGUUUGAAGUCAUAUGGGUAGCAUACAGUUACGGUGAAAUGAAGAAAUUACUAGAUACUGCUUUAGCAAGUAUAAGUUAA